CAUCCUCCCCUCAGUCAGCUGCCUGCUCGGUGAAACAAACAUGACGAUGUUGUCAACCAAGAUGUUUUCAGUGCAGCAGCACUAAAAGUACAGCACUGAACACAGCAAGGAACGUUGGAUAUUGUCUUUAACUAAGUUUGUGACAAACUGUUUUUUUUUGCCCUUUGAUCGGGACAAACACCAUUUUAACAAGUUGAGAAGUGGACCGUGAACACUGCAAUGCCUCUGCUGUUUUUGGAGAGGUUUCCUUGGCCCAGCCUGCGUACUUACACAGUACUGAGUGUGGCUUUGCUGGCUGGCAGCAUCUUCAGUGCCUACACCAUUGUGACUGAUCCAGGCUUUGGGGUCCUGGAAACUGAUGAAACACCAGCUCCUUCUGAAUUGGAUCUUGAACAUCUGAACAAUGAUAUUAGUAACACGGAACUGGCAACCACUGUCCUGUGGUAUCUUGUCACAGACAGUCUCUUUGUAUGGGUGUUAGUCAACACAUUCUGCUGCUCUUUGAUGAUAAUUGCAAAAAUGAUUCAGUAUGUGGUGUUCGGCCCACUUAGAGUCAGUGAGAAGCAGCAUCUGAAAGAUAAGUUCUGGAACUUCAUCUUCUACAAGUUCAUUUUCAUCUUUGGCAUAUUGAACGUGCAGACAGUGGAGGAGGUGGUUAUGUGGUGUUUGUGGUUCUCUGCCCUGGUCUUUCUCCACCUCAUGGUUCAGCUCUGCAAAGACCGAUUUGAAUAUCUGUCAUUCUCCCCCUCCACUCCCAUGAGCAGCCAUGUGCGAGUGCUUUGUUUGCUGGUCUCCCUUCUGUUGGACUGCUUGGGCAUGGCUGUGGUCUGUGGUCUGUUGGGAGCUUCCCAUGGGAUGCACACCCUCUCCUUUAUGGCAGCAGAGUGUCUACUGGUGACUGUACGCACUGGGCAUGUCAUAAUGCGGUACUCCAUUCAUCUGUGGGAUCUAAACCAUCCAGGGACUUGGGAGAGUAAGGGAACAUAUGUCUACUACACAGACUUCAUCAUGGAGCUAUCUGUCUUGUUUCUGGACCUCAUACACCAUAUCCAUAUGCUGCUUUUCGGUAACAUCUGGCUGUCCAUGGCAAGCUUGGUUAUCUUCAUGCAGCUGCGGUAUCUGUUCCAUGAGGUCCAGCGGCGCGUCCGCCGACACAAGAACUACCUUCGUGUCAUCAACAACAUGGAGGCCAGGUUUGCUGUUGCUACUGCAGAGGAGCUCGCAGCUAAUGACGAUGACUGUGCCAUCUGCUGGGAUACCAUGUUGACAGCACGCAAACUACCCUGCGGCCAUCUCUUCCACAACUCUUGUUUGCGCUCAUGGCUUGAGCAGGACACCUCGUGCCCAACAUGCCGGACAUCCCUGAACAUUAAUGGGGAUGGGGGCCAGGCGAGAGGCCAGCAGCAGGGCGCAGGUUUGGAAGGCAACAUCGGCCCUGUAGGAGCCGCUCCAGAGGCUAGACCACAUAUCAACCAACACAACCACUUCUUCCACUUUGAUGGAUCUCGCAUUGCCAGCUGGCUGCCCAGUUUCUCAGUGGAAGUAAUGCACACCACCAAUAUCUUGGGCAUUGCUCAGGCAAACAACUCCCAGCUCAUGGCCAUGGCCCAUCAGAUCCAGGAGAUGUUCCCUCAGGUGCCCUCCUACCUGGUCAUGCAAGACCUGCAGUUGACCCGCUCUGUGGAGGUCACCACUGACAACAUCCUGGAGGGACGCAUCCAGGUGCCUUUCCCGACACAGGCCAUAGAACGUGCCCCUAUACAGGUGAGCCCUGCAGCGGAUGAGCAGGCAGGGCCCAGUGGAGCAGCUGAGCAGGGCCUCAGUGAGCCAGAUAACAUGGAGGUCAGAGGAGGUCGCUUCUCUAAGUCGGCUGAAGAGAGGCAGAAGAUGCUAAGGCAGAGGAAAGAAGAGUUGCUCCAGCAAGCACGCAGGAGAUACCUGAACAAAAGUCCGGAGGACCAGGAUGAGGAUUUGCCUGGACUGGAAGAGGACACUGUCCCAGAGUUGGACUCAACUGUGCUGAGGCGUAGAACCGUGGCAGCAGCUGCAGAGAGACGCAUGCAAAACCAGCAAGACCCUUCACCCUGAUACAAAGAUCAGCCUCAUCUGAAGAGUCUAUCACAUCGUCAUCGCAAGGGGUACCAACAGAGCUAUUUCAACCAUCCCCCAUUUGCUGUACAGUCAGUGGUCAUCACCUAUUGAAAACUAUAAUUAAAAAGCAUUGCAAACAAGGCCUUUGGACUGUUUUGGGCUGCCUAAAUAAGGUGGGACUAUUGUGAAUAGCCUCUGCCUCACUGAUUCAAGCCUGAGUAUUUGGAGCAUUGUAUAAAUUGAUGGGUGCAGGUCAAGAAAUGCAAAGUUGCAUUGCCCUUUAUUCUCGUUCCACACAGCUUAGCCACCAGCUUCAUUACAGAGUCAGUAUCUGCCAUGAUCAAGACUGGCUGCCAUAAAUGAGCCUGCUUUGCAUUUGAGAAAUCCAAGGUUUUUAUGAGAAGGGUUUGAAGAUGUCAUUAGAUAAAGCCUCUAUUUGGGUCCUUGUUUUUUUUCCUUUUAUCAGGCUUUUUUCUUUUUUUUCACUUUUUUUGCUCAUGGCGGAAAGCUUUGUAUUCUGAACGGAGAAACUCAACUGACGUAUUUGUGUGUUAUUAUUUUAUGAGUUUCAACUGUGAAUUAAGUGUAGGCAAAACAACACGUUUUUAUUUCUUACCUUGGAGUAAGAGAAUGUCACUUUAAUAUUGUUCAGCCUUUCUGUCAAAUAUGAAUGUUUCUAUCAAAGUAAUGCUGCAAACAAAGUGUUUUUGACCCACAUGGGUUGUUCUGUAUCUGUAAUAUCUACCAUUGCAAACAAUUUGCAGUUAGUUAUUUAAAAAGAGGGGAGAGGUGGCAUGUAAAUCUUGGUUUUCUAAUACUGGUUCCUUGAGAUUCAUAGGUAACAAAGGGGAUGUAUUACAUUUUGUACAAAUACGAUGGGUGUCAUCUUGACAGUGUUUCUUAAAUUACUCACUGCUGUUGAUUUCCUUUUUGUUUGAGUAUGGGGUUAUUGGCCAACUGUGUCUACCAUUUUUUUGUUUUGUUUUGUUUAUUUAAGGUAUACAGAAAUAGUUAAAUCUGCGGCAGCUGGACUUGUUGCACUGUAUUUUGAAGCUGUUUUGCCACUGUUCCAUCAGUCUUCAUCAGUUGUCUAGAUGAAGCCCUUAUUCUUCUUCCAGUAGAAAUGGUGAAGCCGCUUGGAAGAGCAGCAAAACAUUUUCAAGACUUAACAGCAAAUCCAACUGUGUUUGAUUUAAUACUUUUAGAUAUUAUAUGACCUGAAUGAGUGAUAAUCUUAAUGGUGAAAAUUUUAGGGUGUUUUUAUUUGUACAGCCUUUUUCUACUCACAUUGAGGAGUGCUAAUUGAAAAAUAACACCAGCAGGGAACAUAAUUGUCCUCUGCUAAAGGAUGUUAUUACAAAAAUGUACAGCAACAUACAACAUGGACUGGGCCAUUGAAGCUUUUGGGUAAUGUCAAAUUUCACUGAAUCUAGCUGGUUGAGACAUAUCAACGGACACAAAGAUGGACCUGUGUGUAUUGUAAGUGUUUUGAUUUCUGUGAUUACUGUGCGAGGGCAGUUUGGGGUGAGAUAUGCAUGAAUCUAGACAAGUGCUUUUGUUUCCUUCCACUUUAUCCCAAAGAGCAGCCCACAAACUUCCACUAAAAGCUGAAGUGUUGUGAUCUUAAUUGUGCAUUUAUUUUAUUGCUCAAACUCUGUUGGGGGGUGUUGUAAGAAAAUACAGUAUAGGAUUUAGAUUUCAGAUUUCAUUUACUCAAAAUGUAAAAAAAAAAAAAAAAAAAACAAAGAAAAAAAUACAAAAACAAUUUCAUUUUCAGUUUGUCAUUCAGUUACUUACCAUCUUUUAAUAUCCAUGAAAUAUUUUCCUAUUCAUGGUUUAACUUUCAUAACCAUUGCUUAUUUAAUCAAAACUGAAAUACUUUUUUUGGACUGAGCUUUUCUGUAUUUUUGUGCCUAAAUUAAGAAUGGUUCAGUCAUGGAUAAUUUCUGUAAAUUUAGAUUUUGUAAAAUAUGUUAAUACAA